AGCCAUUCGGGCUCAAGGCAAUUUCACUCAAGGGCAGCCUGGCCUGUUACUGUACAUUCCGAGCAUCCGCGACCCUGACCUCGCUUGUUUUGCGCAUCUGGGCGCAAUGGCGACGGGUGUCCUCGUCGUGGCCGCAGCGCUGUCCUCGCUUGCCCCCGCACGGGCUGUCCUCAGGACUCGCGCCUCUCCAGGGAUCGUCUCCUCGCUCGGCGUGAUGAACGGGGCGGGCGUCACAAGGUACCUCGCCGACAAUGUCAGGGUCGUUCGCAGCAAGGGCAAGUUCUAUUGGGGCGACCCCGGGAACAGCGAGGCGUCCAGGUUCGCGGGGGCCACGAGCUUGGCCGAGAACCUCUCCUGGGGCUGGCACCACCCCGAGGGUGUCUACAACACGAUCCCCGUCGGGGCCCCGCUCAUCGACGGCGACAUGAACAUCUACCUCGGCUCGGACGACGCCGUCCGCAAGUUCACUGCCUCUGGCGACCUCCUCUGGAGCUACGCGCCCCGGGGGCAGCUCGCCGCCGCCCCGAGCCUGCUCCUGGCCGCGAGCUCCAGUGGCCGGAGGACCGUCUCGGGGUGGGAGGACGUCAGCCUGGACGGGAUGACGGAGGACGAGCUCCGCCCAGACGCGCAGACGGAAGCAGAGCUCCGCCCAGAGUUCCAGAACGUUGGUGGCCAUGGCGGGCCCACGUCUCUCGGGCAAAUCAGGGUCGGCGACCGUCUGGUGGUGAGGCCCGGCGUGGGAUACCACGCAAACGGCAAGGAGUACUACAGGAGCGGAGACGUGGGCGAGGUCGCGGAGAUCAUCCGGGGGACCACUGGCGAGCACAAGGCCAGAAUUCGCUGGCUGCGAACACAGCACCAGAGCGUCGCAGGCUUCUCCGCCCUGGGCAAGAGGUUCCUGCGCGUCAAGGGGGAGGGGAAGCAGUCCACCACCCCAGAGAUGCUGGUGGGGUCGACCACGUCAGGCUUCGUGUUCGCGCUGUCGCUCGAGAGCGGCGAAGAAAUCUGGGCUGUCCAGGCUUCUGACCAGAUCGCUGGGGUGAAGGGGUCUGUGUCUGGCAAGGACGGCAUAGUAGUGGCGGCUGCCAACCGAUGCACCGACAGGUAUUGUUACAAAUACCGUAAUCAAACCAACCCGCUCGUGGCAGGAAAUCAUAUGAUCUGGGGCCUGCUCGCCGCAGAUGGAAGCGUGGCGUGGAACUUCAAGCCACAGUCUCCGGUCUGGAACUUCGUGCCCCAGUACGGCAACGGCACGGUCAUGUUCAGCGACUUCGAGGGCACCACGUACUGUCUGGACCUGACGACUGGCGCCCUCAGGUGGCAGCGCGACGGGUCCAUGGGCACGUACACCCAGGCGCAUGCGCUGUACUUCCCGGCUGGGGACCUCAUCUUUGCGAUGGGCGUGAGCGCGUACGACCACAAGCGCUGCAACCCGUUCCCAGCGCCAGGCGUCCUGCCUGCCUGCAACACCUGGCCCGGAUCUCCUGGGUGGAUCCGCGCGCUCAAUGCGAGCUCUGGCAGGCUGCAGUGGGAGCAGGAGACCCCGCAGCCCCCCUCGAGCGCAGGCCUGGGCAUGAUGCACAUGCCGCUCCACACGCGGCUGGUCGUCGCCCUGGGGCACAACUGCGCGUACAACUCGCCCACCCAGAUCUGGGUCCUCGACCCGCAGAACGGCCACAGCCGCUGGACGAGGGAGGGCCCGACGCUGUGGAGCGACAGGUGCGCAGGCGACCUGGAGGGCGGCGACAUCCGCAGGGCCAUGGGCGGCCGUGCCGCGUGCGAGCCUGGAGCGUGGUCGACGCCGGUGGUAGACAGCUACGGCGACGUGUACAUCGGCAACCAGGUGGGAGAGCUGCAGAGGUGGGGCUCGCGGGACCGCUCCGUGGGAGCCCGAGGCGUCGAGCUGCUGUCCACGUUGAGCACGGGGGUCGCCUUCCAGGACCAAGCCAUCUCCUUUGCCCCAGGCGUCAUGGCGGUGUCGACGUGCACCUCUCUCAUCGUCUUCCAGACCGCCCCGGGUGAGCCCUCCCUCUCCGACGAGUUCCAGGACGUGGGGCCCGCGCCGGGGCCGCUGAGCUGGGAGAGGGACUGACGGUCCGCGCCUCUGAUCGAGGCCGCCACCCGCCUCGAAGUUUUCUUCCGUUGGGGGUCCAGCCUCUACGUGAAGGAAUCGCGUUCGGUUGGGCUCUUGCCAAACUCCGACGCGUUGGCUUCAAUGCCCGAGCGCCCCAGGAGAUGAUAGCUAGCAUGUCCUUUAAGUUAUACAAGCGCGUUUAUAAAUGCCACGGCCGAGGUACGGUCACUUUUGACGGUUUGCUCGAGUGUCGCAGCUUGUGCGCGCUUGGGCACCGCCAGAUCUCACGCAUUGGCUGCAGCGAGCGACGCAUUGGCCAGCACUUCCUGCAGGGCACAUGCCUGUCGAGAGCGCCAGCUGCAUUGAUCAAAGCCUCGGUCCACCCGUUCAGCCCUCGGCGAGAAACGGCGCGCGCGAGCGGGCGGCGGACCUGAGCAGCUUGUGGGAGGGAGGAGGAACAGAAAGAAGAAACGAAUCCUGCGGUAGCGAAUGUUGUCGCUGCUGAGGGUUGCGUUACAGGUUGCGCGCGCGGCCACAGAAAAAUAGCCGCGUAUUCGCUGCGCCAUAUGUUGCGCUCCUCGGCCGCCGAGCAUACCUGCCGAAC